GAAUUAACCUUUACAAACUCUUGUACCAUAUAAAUACAUUCAUUCCUGUCCAUCUAUUCCUUGCACAGAACACAUGUCUUCUCCUAAACCUUCUUCAAAAACUUCACAUUGCCACCAAAAAAUGGACAGUCUACACAUCUUCUUCUUCCCAUUCAUGGCCAUGGGCCACAUGAUACCAACCCUGGACUUGGCCAAGCUAUUUGCUUCUCGAGGUGUAACAGCAAGCAUUGUCACUACUCCUCUAAAUGUUCCUUACAUUUCCAAAGCCAUAGCAAAUACUGAAAUUGGUAUCCGAACCAUCAAAUUUCCUGCCGUCGAGGUCGGACUGCCUGAAGGUUGCGAAAACGCACAAUCGUUAACGACACAAGGAUCGGAAGGCCUAGGCAUGGUCCAGAAAUUUUUGAAGGCAACAACAAUGCUUCAAGAACCUCUGGAGCAGCUUCUAGAGGAGGCUCGUCCUGAUUGCAUUGUAUCCGAUAUGUUCUUUUCAUGGAGUACUGAUGCUGCAGCCAAAUUUGGGAUUCCAAGGUUUGUCUUUCAUCCUACUGGGUUUCUUUCAUUGUGUGCAACAGAGUGUCUGAGACUGUAUGAGCCAUAUAAGGAUGUCUUGUCUGAUACUGAACCAUUUGUUCUCCCUGGUCUUCCUGGAGAACUCAAAUUCAUAAAGAAUCAGUUGCCAGAAUUUAUGAGGGAAAAUGUCGAAACCGAAUUCAGUAGCAAGAUGAAAUUAGUGAAAGAAUCAGAAUUGGAGAGCUAUGGUGUUGUGGUUAACAGCUUCUACGAGCUUGAGCCUGCUUAUGCUGAUUACUACAGGAAUGAAUUGGGAAGGAAGGCAUGGCAUGUAGGCCCUGUUUUGCUCCGCAAUCGGAAUUCUGAAGAUCAAGCACAGAGAGGAAAAGAAGCCUCCAUUGAUGAACACGAGUGCUUGAAAUGGCUCGAUUCAAAGAAACCCGAUUCAGUAAUUUAUAUAUGUUUUGGUAGUCUAGCAAAUUUCAAAGCUUCUCAAUUGAAAGAGAUUGCAAUUGGACUUGAAGCUUCGGGCCAGCAGUUCAUAUGGGUUGUGAGAAGAGGCAGAGAGGAAGAAGAAGAAAAAGAAACAGAGGCAUGGCUUCCAGAAGGAUUCGAGAAGAGGAUUGAAGGAAAAGGACUGAUUAUACGAGGAUGGGCACCUCAAGUUUUGAUUCUUAAUCAUGAAUCUGUUGGAGGGUUUGUGACACAUUGCGGAUGGAACUCUACACUUGAAGGUAUAUCUGCUGGGGUGCCUAUGGUGACAUGGCCGGUGUCAGCAGAGCAGUUCUAUAACGAAAAGCUUGUGACAGAGUUACUUAAGAUAGGAGUUCCGGUUGGUGCUAAGAAAUGGUUGAGAGUGUAUGGGGACUUUGUUAACAAUGAUGCUGUACUGAAGGCAAUUACUCUAUUAAUGGUGGGUGAAGAGGCUGAGGAAAUGAGAAGCAGAGCUAAGGCUCUUGGUGAGAAGGCAUACAAGGCUGUUGAAGAAGGUGGUUCAUCUUACAAUGAUUUGGAUGAUUUGAACCUUUUGAUUGAUGAGUUGAGGUUGCGCCGCCAUUGAAGCUUGUGAAAAGUAACAAAACGUUAUGAUUGUUCAAUGGUUUUGCAGGUUGUGAGUUGUUUAUGUUCAUAUUAAUUAUGAUUAGUCCACUUGGGAGAGAAUCCGAGUCUUAUGUUCUUGUUUUCAGAUUGACAAACAAGUUGACAUAAUCUUUGUUGAGUGAAUUUCAGGCUUUCAGUACCUUGUCUCGUGAUGUAAACGGUUGGGGACUUUUGUCGAA